CAUUCCGUCUUGGCAGGGGAGUGCGCAUGCGUAGCUGUGAUAGCGCCGUGCAAGUUCAGGAGAGUUCUGCUUGCAAGCGGGACAGAAGAAUUGCAUUUGCAAACUUCUGCUUCUCAGUUAACUAGGUGCCAGCGGUGGGUUGAGAACUGCCGAAGAGUUGAUCUGGAAGACAAGACUCCAGAUCAGCUGAACAAGCAUUACAGGCUAUGCGCAGAGCAUUUUGAAACUUCAAUGAUAUGCCGAAGCGUAAGUGGAAGGAAGCUGUUGACUUUUGACUUGACAAGCCAUUUGAACAACCCACACAGCAGGCACCGCAAAAGGAUUAAAGAGCUGAGUGAAGAAGAAAUACGAACAUUAAAACAGCAAAAGAUUGAUGAAGCUUUUGAACAAGAAAAGGCAAAUCCAGAAUCCAAGAACGACGUCCAGAACCCAGCAUCAGAAGAAGGCCGGGAGGAGCCAGUCGAAGAUGAUGUCCCGUUAACCCAGGAGGAGAGGGAAAACAAAGAUUACCUCAAAUCUUUAUUUGAAAUUUUAAUUCUCAUGGGCAAACAAAAUAUCCCUUUGGACGGCCACAAUGUCGACGAGCUCCCCGAAGGCAUUUUCACUCCGGACAACUUCCAGGCCCUCCUGGAGUUCAGGAUCAAUUCCGGAGACGAGGUCCUGAGGAAGCAGUUUGAGACCACGGCCGUGAACCUGGCGUAUUGCUCCAAAGCGCAACAGAAGCAAAUGCUGGAGAUCUGUGAGAACUGUGUGCGAGAAGAGAUGCUCAGGGAAGUUCGGGACUCUCAGUUUUUCUCCAUCGUCACCGACGAAGUGGUGGACCUGGCGGGCGAGGAACACCUGCCGGUCCUGGUGAGGUUUGUGGAUGACGCUCAUAACUUGAGAGAAGAGUUCAUUGGCUUCUUACCGUAUGAGGCAGACCCUGAAAUCUUAGCUGUUAAGUUCCAUACUACAAUUACCGAAAAGUGGGGCUUAAACAUGGAAUAUUGUCGGGGUCAGGCUUAUGUCGUUUCCAGUGGGUUUGCUUCUAAAAUGAAGACUGUGGCUACGAGGAUCUUGGAAAAGUAUCCCCAGGCUGUUUAUACCUUGUCCUCUUCUUGUGCCUUGAACAUCUGGUUAGCCAAAUCAAUUCCCGUUCUUGGCAUUUCCAUUGCACUGGGAACAAUGGAAGAAGUCUGCUUGUUCUUUCUCCAGUCCCCUCAAUUGUUGGCUGGGCUGGACAACAUCAUCUCCAUUCUCUUUCACAACAGCGAGGAGAAAGGGAAUUUGCUGAAAGAGAUCGCCCAUUCGCACUGGACAGGCCGGCAUGACACCUUUGAGAUUGUAGUUGACCUCCUCCAGGCCCUGGUGCUAUGCUUGGACAGCAUAAAUGAUGCUUCCAUCCCAUGGAACAGCUCUGUGGCGGGACAAGCGUAUAUCCUUUCUAUGGCACUAGCAGAUUUUGACUUUGUGGUCACGGUGGUGAUUAUCAAGAACAUCCUCUCUUUCACCCGGGCUUUUGGUAAGAAUCUCCAGGGUCAAACUUCAGAUGUUUUCUUUGCAGCCAGCAGCUUGACAGCCGUCUUGCAUUCCCUCAACGAGGUAAUGGAGAACAUCGAGGUGUAUCAUGAGUUCUGGUUUGAGGAAGCCACCAACUUGGCCACCAAGCUGGACCUCCCCAUUAAGCUGCCUGGGAAGUUUUGCCGAGCCCAACAGGGGAGUUUGGAUUCUGAGAUCACCCCGGAGAAUUACUACAAAGAAGCACUUAGCAUUCCAACGGUGGAGCACAUCAUUCAGGAGUUGAAAGAUAUCUUCUCGGAGCAGCACUUGAGGGCGCUGAAGUGCUUGUCUCUAGUGCCUUCGGUCAUGGGACAGCUCAAAUUCAAUACCUCUGAGGAACAUCAUGCCGAUAUGUACAAAAACGAUCUCACGAACCCAGAUACCCUCUCCGCGGAACUUCAUUGCUGGAGAAUCAAGUGGAAACACAGAGGGAAGGACAUUGAACUUCCUACCACCAUCUAUGAAACCCUCCACUUGCCCGACAUCAAGUUUUUCCCCAAUGUCUACUCAUUGCUUAAGGUUCUCUGCAUCCUCCCCAUCAUGAAAGUGGAGAACGAGAAGUUUGAAAUUGGCCGACGACGCUUGAAGGCCUACCUAAAGAACACGGUGACCAAGCAGCGGUCGAAUAACCUUGCCCUGCUGAACAUAAACUUUGACAUCAAACAUGACUUAGAUUUAAUGGUGGACACUUACCUCAAACUGUAUCCAGAGAAAGCUGAAUUCCAAGAGGAAUUUCUUCCUUCCCGCAAUUCGGAAGCGGUCCAGGAGACUUAACAGAAUGAGAGGAGUGGACAACCAGUAGGGUUGGGAUCCUUCAUUUUGCCUUUUACAGAAUAAGGGUGGGGGGAUUCAGCACCCCGCGUGAAGUAAAGCAUCAGAGCAGGCUCCCUUUCAUUUUAGGCAUGCCUUGAAACAAGCUGCAGAUAAUUGAUCCAGCUCUGUUUUUGCAGCUGAUGUCCUGUUCUCAGCAUAAAACACUCAAGUUCCUGUUUUGUUUAUCCCCGAGAAAACCCGGUUCAGAAAGACCAUGUGGAUCCUUGCCUUGUGCUCAGUAAUGGAAAAGUUCCUGUAUGGAAGAGGACCUGUAUUGAUUGCUAAUUUCCUUCCUCUUCCCCCACACCCCAGCCCUGGAAAAGGGAAAUGUAAGUUUGGAAAAUGUCUGGUAUUCUUCUGAGUGUCUACACCGAGGGUUUUAAAUGUGGAGACUGAUCCAGUUCACCGAACCUGGUUCUCAUUUCUACAAGGCUUCUAAGGUUCUUUCAGAAGAAGGGGGUUUGUGAGUUCAGAAGCAUGUUUUAAGAAUUGCAGCCGUUUUACUAAUCGAGGCUUGCUUGAGUUGAUCAUCUGGGUUCCCUUUCUGUCAGAUUUGGAUGCAAUCAGAAGAGAAUGUGGUCCCCCCUCAUGAAUGAAUUAAGUUAUCUUGUCAAAACAAUACCUUGCAAACAUCUAAAACCAUGGCCAGCCAGACCUACGUCUAUAUUCUUAUUCAUUCUCUGUGGCCUCCAGGAUAAGAACUAACUUGGUGAGCAGGCUCUGGAGUUUGUUCGUUGGUUUGUUUUUUUAAUGUAGAAGUCAUACAGAAACUUUUCUGCAAAUAUUUUUUGGCCAAAACAAAAAGAAGGAAAAAAAAAAGAAAAAUGAAUUUUUUUGUAUAGUUUAUUUCCAUGCAGAAUAAAAUGUGA